AUGCCUUUGCCUAGUUCAAGAAUAAACAAACUUAAGAAUAUUUCUAGAAGACUGUUUGAGGAUUCAUUAGAUAAUAGAGAAAAAUAUAUAGAGCGUAAUUGUUAUGGUAUUCAAAAACAAAGUUUACAAUUGGAAAGCCUAAAUUAUGAGUCAAAAAUACACCAGACCCCAGAAAAUUAUUGCGAAUUAUCUCAUAAUGAGAACAGUGUUAAAUCGAAUGCAAAUGAAGACAUUCCUAACAAAAAUCUUGGAUUUGACAUUUCUGUCCAUCAAAGUAUUUUAUCUAAAGAUCGCCAGACAGCUGAACAGAAUGUACUGUAUGUGGAUGAGAAUUUACCUCCCAAUAAACAGCAUCGCGAGGAAAGAAGAAAUUCCUUGUCAUCUGCUUCCAGUCAUACAUCACAACGUGAUUUUUCUCCUGCCUCUGACCAUGAUCCAACUUACAUACCGUUAGAAUCAUCCAGCUCCAAACAUCUACGGCGGUCAAACAGUUCUUCUUCAAGUUCAUCGUCCUGUACUACCACAUCCAGUUCCUCGUCCUCUUCCAGUUCUUCAUGUGAAAAUCCUAGCAGAGACAAUCAAUUUCCAUUGUCGGCCACAUUGACUGAUGCACAUAUUUGCGAAAAAAGCAACUGCAUCCAAGACUGCAGGCAAACUAUUGUCACACAUACGUUAGACACAAACAUCAGCGUGUCAGUUUCUCGGCCAGAGCGCUCAUUUAACCCCAUUAUAGAAAAAGGUAACAAGCUUUGUCGGCAUAAUUAUAAAAGAGGAAACAAUAAGAAAAAGAUUGCACAGACUUUAAGAAAUUUAGGAAAGCAGUACAUGUCUUCAUCUUCGAAAAUUGUUGGUGAAAGAACGAUGAGUAGACCAUGUAAUGAAAAAUGUCGGCUUAAAUGUGGUGAGAAUAUUACUGAAGAAGAUCGAAAAAAAUUUUUGACGCAUUUUGGAAUUUAG